AUGUCGACGACGGUGGACAAGAUCAAAGAGAUCGAGGCCGAAAUGGCCAAGACUCAAAAGAACAAAGCCACAUCCUUUCACUUGGGCCAGCUCAAGGCGAAGCUCGCCAAGCUCAAGCGCGAAUUGCUGACCCCGUCGAGCGGCGGUGGUGGCGGUGGUACCGGCUUCGACGUAGCGCGUACGGGUGUCGCCAGUAUCGGCUUCAUCGGCUUCCCCUCGGUCGGAAAGAGUACGCUCAUGAGCAGGCUGACGGGCCAGCACUCCGAGGCUGCCGCGUACGAGUUCACGACACUUACCUCCGUACCGGGUCAGGUUACCUACAACGGUGCUCCUCUUCAAAUCAUCGAUUUGCCCGGUAUUAUCGAGGGAGCAAAGGACGGUCGUGGACGUGGUCGUCAGGUCAUUGCCGUGGCCAAGACGUGCCAUCUCAUCUUCAUCGUGCUGGACGUCAACAAGCCCCUGACAGACAAGCGCGUCAUUGAGACGGAACUCGAGGGCUUCGGUAUCCGCAUCAACAAGUCGCCUCCGAACAUCACCUUCAAGAAGAAGGAAAAGGGCGGUCUCAACAUCACCAGUACGGUGCCCUUAACGCACAUCGACCACGACGAGAUCAAGGCGGUCAUGAACGAAUACCGUAUCAACUCUGCCGAUAUCGCCAUCCGAUGCGACGCCACCAUUGACGACCUCAUCGACAUCCUCGAGGCCAAGAGCCGUAGUUACAUCCCCGUCAUCUACGUCCUCAACAAAAUCGACGCCAUCAGUAUCGAGGAACUCGACCUGCUGUACCGUAUUCCAAAUGCCGUACCAAUCAGUUCCGAGCACGGUUGGAAUAUUGACGAGUUGAUGGAGGCUAUGUGGGAGAAGCUGAACCUGGUUCGCGUAUACACGAAGCCCAAGGGCCGCUUACCCGACUAUUCCCAGCCCGUCGUCCUUCGGUCGAACCGGUGCACAGUGGAAGACUUUUGUAACCAAAUCCACAGAAGCAUUCUGGAGCAGUUCAAGACGGCCGUUGUGUAUGGCAAGUCUGUCAAGCAUCAGCCUCAACGCGUCGGUCUGGCCCACGAGCUAGCUGACGAAGAUAUCGUUACAAUCGUCAAGCGCUGA